AAGUGGCGUUCUCGCGAGAAUUCUGUCUUUUCAGCCCUCGGCUUCUGUGGAGCCGCGUCUCCGUCAACCCAAGCUCGCGUCGGAUCCCCCGAAAAGGCGCUCGCAGCUGGAACAGUGAGCAGAAUGAAUACCCCACAGGACCAGAGUGGCUGCUCCAGUAAUAGAGAACCCCUUUUGAGGUGUAGUGAUGCACGGAGGGACCUGGAACUUGCCAUUGGUGGCGUUCUCCGAGCUGAACAGCAAAUUAAAGAGAACUUGCGCGAGGUCAAGGCUCAGAUCCACAGUUGCAUCAGCCGUCACCUGGAAUGUCUUCGAAGCCGCGAGGUGUGGCUGUAUGAACAGGUAGACCUCAUCUAUCAGCUUAAAGAGGAGACGCUUCAGCAGCAGGCCCAGCAGCUGUAUUGGUUACUGGGCCAGUUCAAUUGUCUCAUUCAUCAGCUGGAGUGCACCCAAAGCAAAGAUCUAGCCAAUCAAGUCUCCGUGUGUCUGGAGAGACUGGGCAGUUUGACCCUUAAGCCUGAAGAUUCGACUGUCCUGCUUUUUGAAGCAGACACAAGCGCCCUGCGCCAGAACAUCACUUCUUUUGGAUCGCUCAAGACCAUGCAAAUACCUGAGCACCUGACGGCUCAUGCUAGUUCAUCAAACACUGGUUUCCUCCAGGAGAACAGAGGCCACAUCCCAAUGCCAGAGCAGAAGGCUGCAUCCCGCACCGCAGCUGUCCCUCUCAGUGACUGGCUCCUUGGAAGCAAACCUGCUGGUGGCUGUCAAGUUCCUUACAUACCCAGCACCAACCUCCAGGACUGGCUUAGCCAAAAGCAGAGCGUGGAGAACAGUCAGACGCCCGCCAGAGCCUGCCAUUCCUUCAGUAACGUCUGGGGCGACGUGAAGGGCUUAGAAAACUGGCUCCUCAAGAGUCGGCAGGAAAUUCCCGAGAAGCCAAGUUUCCAAAAGCGCCACAGCCCUCCUGCUGGCAGCACCGUCUCCGCGGAAGUCGGAAAGGUGGAAGAUGGGGAGCUGCUUGGUCCGGAGGACAUGGACCUGUCUGACUGGCUGCUGACUCCCCAGGCAUCGCCCACGCUGCAGAAGCCUGAGAGUGGCAGCUGGGAAGCCAGCGAGAAGGCGAAGCGCUUGGUCCAGGUCUUCCAGCAGCCCUACAGUGUGAAUGAUUGGCUUGCCAAGCCCGACUCCUGUUCCAACUGUGGAGGCAACCAGCCCAAAGGCGUGGAGAUUGAAAACCUGGGCAGCCUCAAGUGCCUGAACGACCACCUGGAGGCCAAGAAGCCUUUGUCCACCCCCAGCAUGAUCACGGAGGACUGGCUCGUCCAGAAGCGUCAGGACCCGUAUAAAGUGGAAGAGGUGUGCAGAGCCAACGAGCCCUGCGCAAGCUUCGCAGAGUGCGUGUGUGAGGAGAAUUGUGAGAAGGAGGCGCUGUGUCAGUGGCUUCUGAAGAAGGAAGGAAAGGAUAAGAAUGGGGUGCCUGUGGAGCUCAAGGCCGCCCCUGCCCCUGGGGCCUGUAAAGGUUCCCUGAGCAUGUGGCUCUGCCCCUCCGGAAAGGAGGCGGCACAGGCUACGGCACCAAAGGCCGCGGCUCCGUCCAGAGUCACCGGUUCCUUCCAAGUCAUAAAGAACAGUCCCCUGUCAGAGUGGCUCAUGAGGCCCUCCCGCAGAGAGCCUGGUACUGCAGACGGGCCUGGCCAGCAAAAGCUCACAAACCAGGCGGCCACAUCUUGCUGUCCCUUUAACGCUGCUGACUGGGUCCUGCCCAGAAAGAAGACGGGUGACCUCAGCCAGCUAGCCUCUGGGGAAGAUAAGUGGCUCCUGCGGAAGAAGGCUCAGGAAGUCUUACUUACUUCACCCCUACGGGAGGAGCGACCCUUCAGCCCAGACCGUUACGGCCUCCCAGCAGUCUGUGAUCUCUUUGCCUGUAUGCAGCUUAAAGUUGACAAGGAAAAGUGGCUGUAUCGAACUCCUCUGCAGAUGUGAAGGAAUGGCCGGCUCCACAAGCAGCUUCCCUGCAGGUGGUCACACCCCAUGCGCUGAGUGACUGCAGCUUGCCAAAUCAUUUCUCGGUCUGAACUGUCAGCUUAGUUCCUUUCCUGCCUGAUUUUGAACUAGCGAAGACAAACAAGUCAUCAGAUUCCACGUUCCCGCGUAAAAGAAGGCUGUUGGUCGAUGCUGAGAGGAUGCCGCUCCUUCUUACAGAAGGAUUGACUCGCCCCCACACUGGAGCGGCAGCGCUGGUGGAUAGGCCCGCACAAGCUUCCUUGGCUGCUUAGCUUGGGUUGUCGCGAGAAGUACAUUAAAACCCUGUCACUGGAAAAUGAGACCUUUCUGGAAUCAACUGUGUUGAUCUGUUCUAAAGCUAGCUACCUUCCCUGCCCUGUGGGUUUUCUUCUAUCAAUGGCCUCAAAUAAUGAGCCUUGCCAAUAUAGUGGGUUUUUAUCUCCCAAACUAUGUGUUCAUCUUGGCAGUUUUUUUUUUUGUUUUUUUUUUGUUUUUUUUUUUUUUUUGACAGAGUGGAUAGUGAGAGAGAGAAAGGUCUUCCUUUUUCCCAUUGGUUCACCCUCCAAUGGCUGCUGCGGCCAGCGCCAUCUCACUGAUCCAAAGCCAGGAGCUUCUCCUGGUCUUCCAUGCGGGCCGGGCCAUCCUCCACUGCCUUCCCGGGCCAUAGCAGAGAGCUGGCCUGGAAGAGGGGCAACCGGGAUAGAAUCCGACACCCCAACCAGGACUAGAACCCGGUGUGCCAGCACCGCAAGGCGGAGGAUUAGCCUGUUAAGCCACGGAGCCGGCCCAUCUUGGGCAGUUUUUGACGUUAACUACCAAAUAUUUUAACCUAUGUUAUAAGCCCUAUGUUGUUUCUUCACUUGAAAUUGAGCAAAUUUUUCUUUGUUUCUUUCUCCGUUAUUAAAAUGCUUUUAAAACGGCUCUGCAUUGUUCAGGGUCAUUUUCAGGGUAGUCUUUGCCUCUCCAAAAAUAUUCUGCAGACCCACAGGCCCAAGAGCAAAAAGGCAAGGCACAUUGUGAAACUUGAACCAUUCACUACCCUGCGGAUUACUGGUGCAUCCUGUGUCAGUGGAAGCUGAGCGUGAUACCUGGUGCUUCUAACUAGGGACAAAGUCAACAGCCCCUGCCCACAAGCGCAGCACUCCUGUUCUCCACAGUACAAUGCGGUGACACCGACGUGAACAGGCCACUUCAACACUUGUGCCUUGGGGUGUUUAUUGACGCUUUAUGAAAACUAUUUGGUAUUUUGUUAACAUCCUUAAAGUCACAUCCAUGCUUUAAAGUUUCUCUGUGGGACACUCAUAAGAUUUCCUGGUCCCACAGUGUCACUGCUGUGUAGCUUCACUGGAGUGCUUCAGAUUACACACAGCUGAAAAAGCCCUCAUAUUAAUCCCCCAGGUACCAUGUAAAAGUAUUGCAAUACAGGUGGUGGAUAAAAACAACUUUCCAAUGUCUUAGGUUGCAGGAAAUUGUGUCCUUUUUCAAAAUCUAACACACUAUACAUACCCAAAUGUAAUUUAUAUCUAUCACUGUGCUAAUGAAUUUAUAAAACAUCUCUUUUGUGUUGAUCUGUUUUUACCUCCCUUCAUUAAAAGCAUAAUCACCA